AUGCUUCAUCGCACGGGUGUUGUGAUGGCGCCUCGCCGUGGCUCCGGCGAUGUUUCCGACGCUGCGACUCGCAGAGGAGUGGAGGGAACGCAGCAACCAAAGUGGACCACGAGCAGCAGCGUAGAGGACAUUCUGCUGGGUGGAGACACUCUCAGCACCGACAUGAAGCUGAACGAUUUCCUUUGGGAUUAUGUUGGCCGCUUGGCGGCCGUUGAUGAAGACCACAACGUGACGAUGGAGGUGUUUCUUCAGGAGCCGGAUGCUUACGUACAAGACCAGCAGCUUCUUAGAAUUAUUUUUAAUUUAACAGAGUACCAAGAGAUGAAAAGAGAGUUGGAUGAGAUGAAAAUUCUAUUGGAGGAUAUCACUAAGCUUCAUCACGAGGGUGUGUUUUUGAUUGAACAAUGGAAGGACUAUGAAGUAAAGGAUAUGAUCACUCCUCUUGCAAGGGGAAAACUAAACGCAGCCCUCACUCAGAUACUGAAAGUAGAACGGCGGGAGGCAGAGGGAAGGCUAAGACGAGCGCAAGGAAUGAAAUUUACCUUUUCCACUACGAUCGAAGAAGUACUGUUUAAAGGAGGAGUCCGCGUCAAUGAAAUGAAGCUGAAAGACUUUCUUGCGAGGGAACUGGGCGGCAGGGGCGUUGUGGACACCAAUCGGAGUGUCUUGCUGAAGGAGUUUUUUAAGGAUCCCAAUAAAUAUAUCCCUGAUAAGGGAUUAUUGAAAGAAAUGCAGGCAUCCGAUCGUUAUGCGAGGAUGGAGGGGGCUGUGAGGGAUGAAAUGGAUAUGGAAGAUGUACACAAGCUUUACAAAAAUGGCGUGCACACUUUACUGAAAUGGUCAGAAGCUGCAGCGGAGGUAAAAGCAACUGUUCAUGGCAUCACUAACGAGUUUUUGGAUGUGGCCUUUGAGGAAGCGAGGAUCCUAACGACGACGAGUGCACCGGAGAAACUGGAGGGGUUGUACGAGUCUGUGUACAAUGCGAGGUGGCAUCAUGUGGUGGAAGUUCCUGACGACAAAGGAAUGGGAAUGGAGGUGAAGAAGGGGAAACCGAAACAGUCAUGGAAGUACAGGGAGGUUGGUGACACCCUCGAAAAGGAUGAUGUUGUGGAGCAGUCCGGUGCAGCACCUCCCGUGUUGAUGGUUCUCACCUCGGACGAUGGAUGGCCGUACACGCUGGUUGCACCGCGUGGGUCUGGUAAUGACUUCUUUAUUAACUCUGAGGUGGAGCGAGUGUGGCAGAUCGUCAAGCGCGAUCUAACCAAGUGGUCCAGCAAUUUUCAUUUGACUCUCAAUCCUUCACCUUUGCCGCGUGUGUUGAUUGGGACGCCCGGGAUUGGGAAGUCGGCGGCUGCCAGCUCUUAUCUACUCUACCAGCUGCUGCACUACGAUGUGGAGAAACUCCAAGUGGUAGUCCACUGUUUUGGAAAAAGGGCGUACGUGUUUGACAAGAUCACCAAAACCGUGGCAAUAUACAUGGGUAAUACAGAAUCGAAGAUCGUUUUGGGUGGUUUGUGGCAGCGUGGGAUGAAAGGGUAUAUUAUUUACGAUGUGGCAAGGCAAGGAACACCGCCCGACACAAAUUUUGCACCCUCUACCGGAUGGGGCAUGAUUGUGGUGUCAUCCCCAAACGUGCGCAACUAUGAUGGAUGGGCAACGCAAGUAAAAGCCAGUCGAAUCAUCAUGAAUUGCCCCGCCAAGAUGGAUGUGAAGGCGAUGUGUGCGUGGAUGAAGCGAGGUCUGGAUACAGAUAAGCAAGCGGGAUACUGGAGGAUGGUUGAAGAACACAUGGGAAAAGUGGGGCCGAUUCCACGCCACAUCUUCGAUGCGGGUGAAUAUGGAAAACGCACGUGGGAUGUUAUGAGGGCCUUGAAAUGGAUCAAUAUUGGGGAGCAAAGAAAGUACUUUACAAAGGGAGGAGAGCAAUGGUAUUCCGAGGAUCUGUCUCACAAACUUGUGAAGAUUGUUCGAGUGAGAGAAGAUGGCGCAUUUGAGGACUUCAGUAAUGCACCUAUAUGUGAUUAUCUUGGGGUUUUAACAGUAUCUCGUUUGGCAAAGGCGCUGAGUCCGAAUGAUAUUCUUUUCCUCGUAUUGGGGAUGAAGAAUGUUAUUCAACCUGCAGCUUUGAAAAAGUAUGCUUUGAACGUAUUCUUGAGUGUGGAGUUUGUCACUUCCAUAGUGAAGGAUCUCAAGGAGCUGCCGCUACCAUCGCCUUCCGAACCACGUUCCUCGGUGCUAACGUUAAACCCUCAGGGUUACCCCACCGAGGCAGCUGCAAUAACUGAACUGAAGUUUAUUAAACGCCCGCAAGAAUUAAAGUAUCGGGUGCUGUACAUACCGACGUUCCCAACCUUUCCGCUGGUGGACGGCUUUUUCUUUGUUGAUUCGCCGCGGAAGACGCUGAUUGGGCUGCAGAUGACGACGGCGGGUGCGCACCACACUACCGCCAGCACUGUGAGGCAGUUCACUGAGCACCUGGCGGCGUAUUUUAAUGGUUGGGGGGAAUUAUCCCGAGACAUGUCGUGGGAGAUGAUUUAUAUACAACACGCAGACAGCACGCCGAUGGAAAAACGGCAGAAAUGCCUCUACGUCGAUUCCAAUAAUAAAACCGACGCGGAAAAAAAAAUUGUGGCGUUCUGGGACGGAAAGGUACACCAAUACCGGGUUAUGUUAAAAGGUAAAUUUCCUGAGGAAAUCAAAUUUUCUGAUGAUGGUCUACCUGAGGGGGAUGAAAAAGGCAAGAAAAUUGAAAAAAAUAAGUAG